GUAGGAGGAAUUACGUUGCCAAUCAUGAAACAAGCUCUCUUACAAGCAAAAGAUGGACGAAAGCACAUUCUUGCUGAGAUGUCAAAAUGCUCGCCACCCCCUUCAAGAAAGCUCUCUAAGCAUGCUCCGCUAAUCCAUGUUAUGAAGGUUAAACCAGAAAAAAUAAACCUCAUCAUUGGCUCUGGGGGGAAGAAGGUGAAGAGUAUUAUUGAAGAAACUGGUGUUGAAGCUAUUGACACACAAGAUGAUGGCGUGGUAAAAAUAACUGCAAAGGACUUGUCAAGCCUGGAAAAGUCAAAAGCCAUCAUAAGUAGUCUAACGAUGGUUCCAGUUGUUGGUGACAUAUAUAGGAAUUGUGAGAUUAAAUCUAUUGCACCUUAUGGAGUUUUUGUGGAGAUUGCGCCUGGACGAGAGGGAUUAUGCCAUAUCAGUGAGCUGAGUGCAAAUUGGCUAGCCAAGGCUGAAGAUGCUUUCAAAGUAGGAGACCACCUGGAUGUCAAGCUCAUUGAGAUCAAUGACAAGGGGCAACUUCGUUUGAGCCGGCGUGCAUUACUCCCUGAUCCAGAGCCAGAGAAGCAAAGUACAAAGCCACGCAAUGCUAGCCUUUCAAAUGACAAUGUAGUUUCACCAAAAGCUUCAGAUAAGGGUAAACCUAAGAAAGCUGUGACUGUAUCAAAUGAUGGUUCAGCAUCAAAAAGUGCGGAAUCUCUCAAGGACAAAACAGUUACUAUGAAGUUAUCAAGCCCAGGGAAAGAAGCAGCCAAGAGAUUAGUAAGUCCAGAAAAGGAUGGACCAGACAAGCCCCAAAUGAAGAAAAGUGGCGGCAACAUCUCCAGCAAAAGUGGAAAUGCAGUAGUCAAUGGAGAGGCAAAAGUUGUAUAAUAAACCUAUACGAUGGGAGAGUGAUUCAGAACCAUUUUUGAAAAUGUCGCAGGUGUCUGCUGUCCUCUCAGAUGGAAAUAAAAGAGAAUAGGGACUUCAGAAGAGUUGAGUGAUUGGUUUGGCUGAAGUUCAAACAUAGUUCUUUUUGCUCCGUGAAACUGAGAGGGGUUAUGAUUCAAGCUUUGGCGUGAGAUUUAGCAGGUUUUGUUCUGACGGGUUUAACAGUGGAAGAAAAUCUAAAUGGAGUAAUUUUCUUGGCAUGCAUCCCGUGAUCGAGAUACAUGGUUCUGAGAGAUCAGUACGAUCAGUCUCUAUACAUCAAUGAAGUAUUUUUUUUUUCUUCUCUGCUGUAACUGCUAUGCAUGAUUGAAGUUAGGAACUGCAAGCUGCCAGAGCCCAGCAAAUUAAACUUGAAGCCAAGUACUAAGAUUUAGGUGCCAUUGUCCUGGAAAUAUUCGGUUUCCACCAGAAAUUCCAGGUUCAGACCCGUUGUAUUAGAUGUAAUACCUUGAAGCUACCAACAGAUGGUCGAUGCUACUAAAGUCCACUUCAUUUUGAUAUAUAUAAAUAUAUACAUAUAUGUAUGUUGGGCAGUGUUCUUUAUGCUUGUACAAAUAUCAGAUUGAUAAUUACAGGAAUACCGACUUGUGC